UACUCCUUUUACAGCUUUUGAGAACCCCUAGAAUUCUUACAAACAAAACAUACCUUUUAACUUUCUCCUUUUCUCAUGGAUCUCCAGCCAGUUUCUCCUCAUCCACAACAAAACACGACCAACAACAAUAAACUCUUCUUCUAUUUCCCAUUAAAAUUUGCAAACAAAGACAUCUCUCAUGCAUUAUUUUUUCUCUUUUUACUCUUCUCUUCCAUUUUUUUCUACAAUUUACGAAGCCCACUUGAGCCUCAGUCUCUUCUUGGGAUUGGUUUUUUGUCCAAAAUAUUACCUAAAAAUUCUGAAAAUUAUUCAAAAGCUUGUGAUUACUCUUAUGGAAAGUGGGUUUGGGAUGAAAGUUAUAUUCUUGAUAAAUAUAAUGAGAAUUGUCCAUUCUUGGAUCCUGGAUUUCGAUGCCAGAAAAGUGGUCGCCGGGAUUUAGAUUACCGGAAGUGGCGAUGGCAACCUCAAGGUUGUGAUCUUCCAAGGUUCUGUGCCAAGGAUUUCCUAGAACGGAGUCGUAACGGUCGGAUAGUUUUCGCUGGAGAUUCAAUUGGAAGAAACCAAUGGGAGUCAAUGAUAUGCAUGCUAGCACAAGAAGUAACUAACACAUCCACCAUAUAUGAAGAAUUUGGAAACCCCAUAACCAAACAUAGAGGUUUCCUCUCUAUGAAAUUUCAUGAGUACAACCUAAGUGUCGAAUAUUACAGGGUGCCUUUCCUAGUUGUUGCUGAUCGACCUCCACUGAAUGCAACGAAACAAGUGCGAGGGGUGAUCAGACUCGAUAAGUUGCACUGGUAUUUCACAAAAUGGGUUGAUGCAGAUAUCCUUAUAUUCAAUGAUGGACAUUGGUGGAAUGAGGACAAGACUGUAAACGUGGGCAUCCAUUUCCAAGAAGGAACAACAGUGAACAUGACCAUGAAUGUUGUGGAAGCUUUUCAAAGAUCUUUGAAUACUUGGGCCUCAUGGGUGAUCCAAAAUACCAAGCCUGAAAAGAGCCACGUCUUCUUCCGCAGCUUUUCCCCAGUACACUACAGGGAUGGAGCUUGGAAUGAAGGUGGCCAUUGCCACACAAGUACCGCACUAGAAACGGACUAUACCAAGCUGGAAAAAGAGAGAAUCAACAAUAUAUUCAUUUCUGAGGUAGUCGAACAAAUUCAAAAUACAAGAGGAAACAUGACCUUCCUAAACAUAACAUAUCUAAGUGAGUUCAGGAAAGAUGGUCACCCUUCAGAACAUCGUGAACCUGGCACCCCGGUUGGUGCACCACAAGACUGCAGCCACUGGUGCCUACCGGGAGUGCCAGACACUUGGAAUGAACUUCUUUAUGCCCAUCUACUGUUGAAUAGAUAUAGGACCAAAUUGAAAUGAAUUUGAUGGUAGCACAAUAUGACUAGCUGUUUCCAUAUGCUUUGUCCUGGGUUAUUCAUCAGCCUUUUCAGUUGGAUUCACCACAGUUUCCAUUUCCUUGACUUUCUCAAGCUGCCUUAGGAGAUCUAAUCUCUCCCAUCCAUAGGUAGAAGGUAUCUGCCAAAAAGAGAAAUCAACCAGUUAACAUUGCAGAUAGGCUCACUCAAACUGACAAGAAAUUCAUGAUCAUUUCACACACCAGAGAUGACAUAUAUCUCUGAAUUGCAGCCAACAUAGCAGCAUGCCCAACUGCUGUAACCUGCAAGAGAAAAUUAGCCCAUGUCAGCUAUGCAGUGGAUCAAGCUCCACAAGUAAUAGAGAUGCAAAGGGCUGAAAUCAUGUUGCAGGUGUGAAAGGAGGGAACUUAAGCUUUUGUUCAAAUCGCCUAUUUUUCUAAUUGCAACUCAGCUGACAGACUUCAACACAGAAAAUGCCCUCAUAACUAGAUUGCGUGAGCAUCAACCACUAUGCACUUAUUGUUACUAAUAGCUUCACCACACUUAGUAAUGCAUCAUCGCAAGAUCGAAAAACCAUGACACACGGGGAAUAGUCAAUGUGUUUUUAAUGCCAGUUAAAGGUCCAUGUCUUCAGUUACAGUUAGUAUCCUUAGUUCCCAUACAGAUCUUGCACAUGCAUGACAAUGAAAUAGUUGGCAAAAAAAAAAAAAAAAAGGAAAAUAAGCAGAAUUUCAAUCUUAUUGAAAUUACAUGAAAUGUCGUUGUCUAAUCAGCAAGUUCCACGGUACUUUAAUUUUUUUGACUGAUAUAAAACAAUGAAUAGAACUACUUACAGGGAGAAGCCUGAGAAAUCCAAUAGGUACCAUUGAUGCAAGUCAGUUAAAGUUCUCCGCAACUCAUCUCCUACUAUAGACCUCCGAAGUAGCCCUAAAGCUGCAGCAACAUUGAUAGCGAGAAGCUGAGUUCCUUGCCAAACCUCCUGGACAUGGAAAAUCCUUA